AUAGCGAAAAGUAAAAGUCACUCGGCUGUUGGCGGCAUUCCCAUUGGCAUUGGCCCACAAUUGCCCCCAUUUGGCAGCGGCGGCUUUGUCAAGUUGCGUCAUGUAGCAGCCGAUGUAGCUGAUAAGGCCAGCACCUCAGCAGAAGCAGCAAAAGCAGCAAAAGCAGCAGCAGCAGCAGCAGAAGAAGAAGAAGAAUCGCCAACAGCUACAGAUAAGAAAAAUAAGAGAGAGGAAGUUGACAGAGUCGACGACGACAACAACGACAGCAAUCCAACUGCAUUACCCGAUUUCCUGGAAGGCGGCCUGCGCCGCUGUAUGACUCAGGUCAUGGGCCCCGAUCAACGCACAAUUUCUAUAGCAAAGACUGGCUCGAUCGCCGAGCGCUUGGCCGCUCUACAGAAGAGCGGCGAGGAUGAUUGGAAGAAGCGCGUCUCGAAGCGUGAUGAAGUCGACGAAAUACGCCGCGAAAACUUCGUAAAUGAGUCGCUGUCUCUGGCGCAUUCGCUGUCGGACAAGCCGCUCCCUCCCUCGCCUCUGAUCUCGAGCAUCGAAGGAGGCAAGGUAGCCGAGCGUUUGGGCAAACUCAAAUCCAAUUCAGAGAACUGGAAACAGCGCAUAGAACAAACCGAUGCCAACAAAUUCACAGUCGCUGGCCGACUGCAGAAGAAGGCGCAAUCUCCAGUGGAGCUGCAAUUCGAGCGCUCGCCGAACGAUGCGGCCAAAAGGUGUCCCAUGCUGGAGGUGCGCAGUGCCAACCAACCCCAACUGGGCCUGGCCAAAAGCCCCUCCAUGAUGGUGACCCCCUCGACGACCACUCCGAGUGGCAAAUUCACGCAGCGAAGUCUCAGCAUCAACGCCGAGGAGACGGCCAGCCAGUCGAGCAGCAGCUCCGACUCGGAUGGCGAGCGUGCUCCGCACAAUGCCAAGCACCACAAGGAGCAGGCGAACAACAAGAGUGCCGCCGCCCCCACCAAUGUAGGUGCCUGUAUUUCGGUGCCCUGCCUGGACGAUGAGGAAACCUUCAAGAACUUCUUCGCCCAGCAAACAAAGCCAGUCGGUGCAGCCACCACUGGCGCCGAGCUGGAGAUUAGCUCCUUUGAUGAAAUAAAAUCCACAGAGCGCCUGGUCAGCAAACGUCACAUACAGGGUCCGAAGGGUCGUCGUGCUGCCCGCAAUCCUCUCAAGAGUCUGGCCGCCCGCAGCGACAUUACUUCGGAAUACACGGAGGUUAAGUCGGGCAUAGCCGAGCGCGAAAUGCGACGCCUAAAAAUGGAGUCAUUUGGUCAGCGCGGAAAUUUAGCGGCCGAGGCCAUUGCUGGUCUGGCCUCCAUAGAGGACUUCAAGUCCGUGGCACUGAAAUCAUCUGCACUGCCGCUGAAUCAAAUGUGGCUGCCACACAAGUCGGUGAUGUUGCUGCACGUGAAGGGUCGCACCCAUGUGCAGAGCCGUCUGGUCGAGCCGAGCUAUAAGUCGCUGAAUCGUGGCGACUGCUUCAUUCUAGUCGCCGGCGAUAAGCUGUUCCGGUACGUCGGCUCGUUCGCCAAUGUCAUUGAGAUCUCGCGCAGCAAGAAAAUCUGCGCCGCCAUCGUGGAGAACAAGGAUCUGGGCUGCACUGCCAGCCAGGAGGUAAUACUGACUGACGGCAAGCUUGUGAACGAGCGCGCCUGGCGCCAGUUCUGGACGCUGCUGGACAAGCCCGAGGCGGAUGUGGAGAUCGCCGAGUGUGGUCAUGCCGAUGAGGACGAUGUCUUCGAGAGCAGCCUCAUCGAGACGAACAAGAUCUACGAGUUCCAGGACGAUGCGCUCGUCCCCCUCGAAAAGUAUUGGGGCUGCAUCCCAAAGGUCGACAUGCUAGACACGCGCAAGGUGCUGGUUUUUGAUUUCGGCAGCGAACUGUAUGUGUGGAAUGGCAAGAACGCCCCCUCGGACGCCAAGCGAGCGGCCAUCAAGCUGGCCCAGGAGCACUUCAGUGCCGAGAAUGCGGCCGACUACGCACAAUGCUAUCUGAAUCCGAUCAAUUAUGCGGCCAUUGUGGGCAGACGGGAGUCCACAAAGUACGCCAAACGCUCCUCGCAGCGACCCGAAUGGUGUGUGCUGGGAAAGAUUACGCAGAACAUGGAGACGGUGCUGUUCAAGGAGAAGUUCUCCGACUGGCCCGAGCUGGAGCGUGAGGACCUGGAGAAGGACUAUCUGGCCAAUGGUGUCCAUGGAGUGCGUGCCUUGGAUGGGGCCGCACUGCAUAAGGGCGAGCCCUAUGUGGAGCCCAAUCUGGUGCUGGAGAAUGCCAAUUUGGGGCGCGGCAAUUUCUAUUACGACAACGAUACGAUGCGCCACUUCGACAUCAACACCAAGUCCACGGAUAAAUGGCAAAUACACGAAUUCAACUUCGACAGCGCCGGCGCCCAGGCGAGCUACGGCCACUUCUACUCGACAGAGAGCUACAUUAUCCGCUGGAUCUACCAGAUAUCGGUGACGGUGCGCGAGCUCAGCGGCAAGGUAUCGAAUCGGAGCACUGUGGGCCGCGAUCGCUGCGUCUACUUCACAUGGCAGGGUCAGGACUCGAGUGCGAAUGAGAAGGGUGCGGCCGCACUACUCACUGUGGAGCUGGACAAGGAGAAGGGCGCCCAGGUGCGUGUGGCCCAAGGCGACGAAGGCACAGCCUUUGUGCGACUCUUCCGGCAACUCUAUCAGCAUCGCGGACGCAAGGAGGACUGCCUGGCUCGUCGCAAGCAAUGGCGACUCUAUCAGCUGCAGGGCAAUGUGCCCGAAGAGACGCUUCUCAAGGAGGUGGACUGCAAUGCAGAGCAGCUGCGCUCUCGCUCCUCCAUGUUGCUCGUGCAUGGCACCGAGGGUCAGAUUAUUGUCUGGCAUGGAUCCAAGAGCGCACAACACACGCGUGCUGUGGCCCUGGCCGCUGCACAAUCUCUGGCCGAGCAACAGCCCGAGGAUCUCUUCAGCAGUGCAGCAGAGGGUGCCAAGGUUGACGAACUCGAGGAGGGUGUCGAGAGCGAUGCCUGCAAGAGUGCGCUCGGCCUUCUCGACUCCCAAGACUAUGGCAGUCUGUUGAACUCGACCAAGUCCUACGACUACACGGCGCGCCUCUUCAACUUCAGCAGCACUCAGGGCCUCUUUAAGGCCAACGAGCUGAGCGAUCCCCUGCGCUGUCAGGAUCUGCACAGCCCUUAUCCGUUUGCGCAAGCGCAGCUGUACAAUGCCAGGCAACCCACCAUCUUCCUGCUCGACGACAGUGACGAACUGUGGCUCUGGAUGGGCUGGUGGCCGCUCGAGGAUAUCAAGAUCAACACCGAGGAGCGUGCCAGCCCCACAAACGAUAAUCGCGCAGGCGUUAACCGCUGGAUCUCAGAACGGCGCGCGGCCCUAGAAACGGCCGUUGACUAUUGGCGCGCCAAGCACGGUGAUAAUGAGACGGAGCCAUUCCACGGCAUUAAAGGCCACGUCGUUUGGGCAGGCUUGGAGCCUUUGGCAUUCAAAAUACUCUUCCCCGAAUGGUCUGAGCGCAACGAUGUCAAAGAAAUCAAUCUGGAGGACGGCCGCACGGACACGCCCACUCCCAUCAGCACAAUGCUCGCACAAAUGACCCAAACGGAGUAUCCACUGGAGGUGCUAAAGGCGCGUCCCCUGCCCGAGGGUGUGGAGCCUACGCGGCUGGAACUCUAUCUGAAUCCCGACGAUUUCGAGCGGGCACUCGGCCUCAGCAAACACGACUUCGAGCAACUGCCCAUCUGGAAGCAGACCAAUCUGAAGAAGGAGCGCGGCCUCUUCUGAACCUACAAUGCAACCGAAUAGACUUGAACACUUACACACACAAUCACAUAACUUUGAUAAGCACCUUUUUGUAAUGAACGCCGCAUUGCUUUUGCAGCGACGACCACAGAGCUAUUUAUAUACACCUGCGCAUUGUUGGUUUUACCUAAAAUUCAUCACCGAUCUUCAUAUAGGGCCCCGCCAUUGCUUUGACAUUGAGUUAAGUUUACUUUCAGUUUCAGUUUCUUCGCGCCCGCCAUACUCUCCUUCACUCUUUCGAUAAAUAUAGUAACCAUUAUGUA